UCCUUCCCGCCUUGCCUCUCAGCCUCUACGGAUCCGCUCACCAACCCUCUGGCUUCCCAGCACCAUUUAAGCCCCGCCCUUCCUUUAACAAUUUUCUCCCUAACCGCGUUUGGCCCGGCUCAGGCGCCGUGACAAAGUCUUUGCGCAUGUGCGGGGUGAAACGGGAAGAAGCCUCCCACAUUACCAAGGACAUGCUCCCGGGACCCUAUCCCAAGACCCCAGAAGAACGGGCUGCUGCCGCCAAGAAGUAUAAUAUGCGGGUGGAAGACUACGAGCCGUACCCAGAUGAUGGCAUGGGGUAUGGUGACUAUCCGAAACUGCCUGACCGCUCACAGCAGGAGAGGGAUCCAUGGUAUGACUGGGACCACCCAGACCUGCGGUUGAACUGGGGUGAACCGAUGCACUGGGACCUGGACAUGUAUAUCAGGAACCGUGUGGACACGUCCCCGACUGCUGUUAAUUGGAACCUCAUGUGUAAGCACCUCUUCGGGUUCGUCGCCUUCAUGCUGUUCAUGUUUUGGGUAGGGGAGACUUACCCCGCCUACCAGCCUGUGGGGCCAAAGCAGUAUCCUUACAAUAAUCUGUAUCUGGAACGAGGCGGUGAUCCCAACAAAGAACCUGAGCCAGUGGUUCACUAUGAGAUCUGAGGAGGCUUCGUGAGCUUUGUGUUCCUUAGCUGACUCCUUCAACUGGAGAAAUUUAACUUUAAUGAAACCCGUAAUAAAACUUAGUGCUGUGGUA